UUUGCAACUUUCAUUGAAAACGGUAGUCUUUUGAAAAAUCCUCUACAGUUAAGUUGACGUUUGUAAAAUAACGCUUCUUCUUAGUUUGAAAGAAAACAACAACAACAGUUAAUAUAAUAUUACCACAAUAAUAAUAAGAAAAUUGAAAAAAAAGAAACAAAUCAUCGUGUAGUUUUUCUUCUGCCAGAGAGAUUUUUCAAAAUAGUGUGUGUUUGUGUAAUUUUACUUUGUUUUAAGGCGAUUGCAAAAAAUAAAAUACAGCAAAACUGCUGCUGCAGCAACUGCAACUAUUUACAACAGCAAUUUGCCAUGAAAACUUAAGAAAACGUGUUGAAAAAGAAAAUUUGUUAACGGUAUUCAAGAAAUAAAUUUUAAACGAUUCAAAAAAACAACAACAAAAGAAAAUCAAACAAACAACCCGGUCAGCCCAGCAACGGCCAGUAAUGAAAAUGUGUCAACAGCAAUUGAACGGCAUUUUCAAUUAAACGCUGGCCGGAACAACAGCAUAAAAGUAACGAAAGCGUUACAUUUUUUAACAAUUUAACAAACAAGUGGAAAUAUUUUUUUAAUUUGUUUAUUAUUUUCUUUAAUUAUAGAUUUGAAAGUGAAAUAAAAAAAUAAGAAAAAAUAGAAUAAAAUGUUUAAAUAAUAAAUAAAGAAAAAAAGCCACAAACAUAAGAAAAAAUUGUGUUUUAAUGGCCAACGAAGCGUAUGAGUGACAUUAUAAUAUGAAUUUUUAAUAAAAGUAAAUCUUUUAUAAAAUAACAAUAAAUAACAUUUACAUCAACAUAAAUUUAAGAAAAAGUGUUUGAUAAUAAAAUUCCAGUGAAAUGUUUUAAACCCCUUACGAAUGUGAGUGUUGCUGGAGGUGGAGGUUUUGAAGAGGUUUUUUUUCAAAAUUUAAACGUCAACAUUAUUAAAGAAAAAUUUACAUAAAACGAAAAAGGAAGCGGAAAAGAACAAAAUUAAAAAUGUACAAAAGAAAGGCUUAGAAAUAUAAGAAUGAAAUCAUUUUGACGUAAUUUUUGUGUUUUUAUUCUCUACUGCUGCUACGUUUUCUUAAUGCUGCUUCGUUUUGACAUUUAGCAUUAAGAAAAGAAAAUUUUUAAGCUUUUGACAACAACAACAACAAAAACAACUAUUAAAUAAACAUGAAAAAUAAGCUGUAACUACUAAAAUAGCUAAAUGUACCUGGCUUCGUUAAAAAAAUUCUGGAACAAUUAAUUAACUAAAUAAAUUUUAACAACAAAAAAAUGUUUUAAUAACAAAAAUUUUAAGACAAAAGCUAAUAAAAACUAUUAAUUUAUACAAAAAUUUAAUAAUUUAUUAAAUAAUAUAAGCAACGAAGCAUAUCCUAAAAACAUUUCAAAUAAUUUCAAUUGUGCGGGCUCUAAUUUAACUUUUCUAAAACUCGCUCUUUAAAUAUUACUCAUACGUACAACAACAUUAUCAUUCCUUGUUUAUAUUAGAAAUUAAAAAAAAAAAAACAUUUCUGUGAUUUGUUCAAAACAACAACAAUAACCACAAACAAACUAAUCCUUAAUAAUUUUUCUCGUUUCCAAAACUCUCUCUCUCUCAAACAAUUAACUAAAACGGAAAUAGAGUUUUAAAACUGAGAGUGCAUUCAAACUUUUUGUUGUCUUUUUUUCGAAUAAAUUAAAAACAACUGUUUCAUACAAGUUUAAGCAACAUUAGCCACAUAAGCAACAAUAUUUCCCUAACAAUGCGUGUCAAAGUGGGUAAACGUAUAUGGCUGAAAAAGAGACGUUCAAAACGUGAAAGUUUUCCCAAGCCCAGUGAAGUUACAGAAGGUGCCUUACAAGUAUGGCGUACAUUACCGGAACGUAUUAGACAAGAUCCAAGUUUAGCCUCAUUUCGCCAGGAACAUGAACGUUUACAUGGUGAGUGUAACUAACAAUCUGAAGACAGUUGACAUUAAACA